UGCUAGGACUGCACAAGUCAACCUCCUACCGAACAGUCACCAAUCGCGAGGCACAUCCGAGCCCCGCUCUUCCGCCACAUAAGACGGCCGUGCUCCACCCACCGCCCACGCGCACACCGACACACUCCCACGCGCUCCGCCCCGCACAGGCGACAGAUCUCGCCAUGGCCACCGCCGGAGCUCGCCUCCUGCUGCUGCUGCUCGCCGCCGCGGGGUCCCUCCUCCUCGCCUCCCCCGCCGCGGCGGAGAUCAGGGCGGAGUCCUUCCGGGAGGACCCGCGCCACACCAUCCUGUUCGAGAAGUUCGGCUUCUCCAAGACCGGCGCGGUCCGCAUCAUCCUCUCCGGCGCCGCCGUCUCCUCCUCCUUCGCGCGGGCGGACCCCAAGCAGAUCGGGUUCUUCCUCCUCGCCGACGAGUCCCUCCUGCAGGCCGCCUCCGAGCCGCGGGCGCCGGCGGAGAAGCGCGCGGCGGAGCCGGAGGACCCCAGCGGCGCCGACGAGCCCGACCUCUCCGGGUGCGUCCUCUCCAGCCCCUACGUCAAGAAGCUCUUCACCUUCCACGACAUGGAGGGCGGGCACUACAACAAGUCCUUCCCGGUCACCCACCCCGACGAGUACAGCCUCUACUUCGCCAACUGCGCGCCGGAGUCGCUCGUCUCCAUGAACGUCCGCACCGAGAUGUACAACGCCAACCCGGACGGCUCCAAGGACUACCUCCCCGUCGGCCAGGCGCCCGUCCCGGCCAUCUACGGCUUCUUCGCCUUCGGCUACGCCGCGUUCCUCGCCGGAUGGGCCUACCUCACGCUCUCCCGCGACCGCGUGGCGGCCAACCAAAUCCACCACCUCAUGUCCGCGCUCCUCGUCGCGCGCCUGCUCUACUGCCUCUCGGCCGCCGAGGACCAGCACUACAUCCGCGUCACCGGGACGCCGCACGGCUGGGACGUGGCCUUCUACCUCUUCCAGCUCAUCAAGGGCGUCAUCCUCUUCGCGGUCAUCGUGCUGGUCGGCACGGGGUGGUCCUUCCUCAGGCCAUUCCUGCAGGACCGGGAGAAGAAGGUGCUCAUGGUGGUGAUCCCGCUGCAGGUCAUGGCCAACAUCGCCGACGCGGUCAUUGGGGAGACCGGGCCGUUCAUGCAGAGCUGGGUGACAUGGAACCAGAUCUUGCUGUUCGUCGACGUCGCCUGCUGCUGCGCGGUGCUCUUCCCGGUCGUCUGGUCCAUGCGGUCGCUCCGGGAGACGUCCAAGACCGACGGCAAGGCGGCGCGGAACCUGUCCAAGCUCACUCUGUUCCGGCAGUUCUACACCGUGGUGAUUGGGUACUUGUACUUCACCAGGAUCGUGGUGUUUGCGCUCAGGACCAUUGCCAGUUACAAGUACCGGUGGGUGAGCAUCCUGGCCGAGGAAGUGGCUUCAAUGGCGUUCUACAUGUUCAUGUUCUACACAUUCAGGCCGGCCGAGAGGAGCAAGUACUUCUCUCUCGACGACGACGAGGAAGAGGCCGCGGAGAUGGUGCUCCGGGAAGAGGAAUUCGAGCUCUGAACAUCUGUAAUUACCCGCGACAAUGUCCUGAGCCGCAAUUACCCUCUGAGAUUGCUCUCUUGGCGCCCUGUUUAUCUGAUCUCCCCUCUGAGAUUUUAGCACACUGCCCUUACACAGAUAUCAGGUAUAGCUCAUCAUCGUCUUGUAUGUGCUGCACGGCUGUAAGAUUAUACUGUAGUAUUUGUUCCUCUUUCACAGUAGCUUCAAAUUUUGUCGUUGAGACACGCGGGAUACCAUACAGGAUACAUGCAAAAGGAGGUCAUUACUUGAUAAGUGCAUAGGAAAUUGAUUGUGCAAGUGUUACAGUUCAGGCAAAGUUUGAAGUUCGCUGCA